GGUCUCUUCAAGAAAUUGGAAAUCGACGACUGUCUUUUCUUCUAUAUAAAUCGUGAGGACCGAAGAGCAAGUUCUUUUUCCUUUCCGCUUCCAUGGCUGGUUUCGUCUUCUUCGUCACGCUCACGUCUGGUUUCGCUAUAUAAAUACACCACCGCACUAUCGUUAACCUUCACUGAACACUCGGCGAUUCAUACAACAAGUGGGGAAAGUUGGGAAACAAAAAUAAACAAGAGAUAAAAGGAGCCCUAGAAUUGAUCGAGUUUUUCUAUUUGGUGGAUAUCGAAAUGGACGCGAAAGCGAAUGGUCCGAGCGCCAAGCAGUCGGGUCGAGCUGUGGAUGGUCCAACUAACCCGAUGGUUACGCCUCUGCUUACGGAUCUUUACCAGUUUACCAUGGCUUACGCUUACUGGAAGGCCGGCAAGCACAACGAGAGAGCCGUGUUUGAUUUAUAUUUUCGGAAGAAUCCUUUUGGUGGUGAAUAUACAGUCUUUGCUGGCUUAGAGGAAUGCAUAAGAUUCAUUGCUAAUUUCAGAUUAACUGAGGAUGAGAUCUCAUUUAUCCGUGAAACCUUGCCUUCAUGUGAGGAGGGCUUCUGCGAUUAUCUUAGGGAAAUUGACUGUUCUGAUGUUGAAGUAUAUUCUGUUUCAGAGGGAUCAGUUGUUUUCCCUAAGGUACCCCUGCUGAGAGUUGAAGGACCAGUUGCUGUGGUUCAACUGUUGGAAACUCCAUUUCUGAAUCUUGUCAAUUAUGCAUCCUUGGUGGCUACAAAUGCUGCCAGACAUCGGUUUGUUGCUGGGAAAUCCAAACUUCUACUUGAGUUUGGCCUUCGGCGAGCUCAGGGACCUGAUGGUGCAAUAAGUGCAUCAAAAUACUGCUACAUGGGAGGAUUUGAUGCAACAAGCAAUGUUGCAGCUGGGAUGUUAUUUGGGAUACCUCUCCGUGGAACACAUUCCCACGCUUUUGUUAGUUCAUAUAUGAGCCCCGAUGAGAUUGUAGAGAAAUCACUUCAAAGUGCUGAUGGAUCAAGUACUUGUGAGGAUUUUGUCAGUCUGGUUCAGACUUGGUUAAAUAAAAUUCAGUGGUUACAUUCAUUACGUGGCACUUUUGGUGAGACCAAUCAAAGUGAGCUGGCAGCCUUUACCUCCUAUGCUUUAGCAUUCCCUAACAACUUUCUUGCUCUUGUAGACACAUAUGAUGUUUUGAGGAGCGGAGUCCCCAACUUCUGUGCAGUUGCACUAGCACUAAGUGACUUGGGAUACAAAGCAGUAGGCAUCAGAUUGGACUCCGGCGACUUGGCAUAUUUGUCUUCUGAGGCUCGAAUAUUCUUUCAUACCAUUGAGAAAGAAUUUGGCGUUUCUGGUUUUGGGAAUACAAAUAUUACUGCUAGUAAUGAUCUCAAUGAAGAAACUUUAGAUGCUCUAAAUAAACAGGGACAUGAAGUAGAUGCAUUUGGGAUAGGAACCUAUCUGGUCACUUGCUAUUCUCAAGCUGCUCUAGGUUGUGUUUUUAAGCUUGUUGAGAUAAACGAUCAACCUCGAAUAAAACUUUCUGAAGAUGUUUCGAAGGUCUCUAUACCCUGUAAAAAACGGUGUUAUAGACUGUAUGGCAAAGAGGGUUACCCACUGGUGGACAUUAUGACUGGAGAAAACGAGCCACCUCCAAAGGUUGGCGAGCGAAUACUGUGUCGUCACCCUUUUAAUGAAUCCAAGAGGGCAUAUGUGGUGCCUCAACGUGUUGAAGAGCUUCUGAAAUGCUACUGGUCAGGGAAGUCAGAUAAAGCAAGAGAAGAAUUACCACUUCUGAAGGACAUCAGGCAGCGGUGUAUCAAGCAGCUUGAACAAAUGCGACCUGAUCACAUGAGGCGACUGAACCCCACACCCUACAAGGUUAGCGUAAGUGCAAAAUUGUAUGACUUCAUUCAUUUUCUAUGGCUCAACGAGGCACCUGUCGGAGAAUUGCAGUAGCAAUGUGUUUGAGAUGAAAUGCAAAGAUUACUGUACAAAUUUCAGAUCGAAGUUCAAACGCAUUUGGAGAGGCACUUUCAGUGGUUACAGCAGCACAGCAUAUACAUAAGUGCGAUUGUCGUUAAGAUGUAUUGGCAUUCCUAAAUAAAUCAUUUGGUUGUUUUCCUUGGUUUAUUCAAUUAUCAUUUGAUUAAAUAAAUACAGAUUUUCGAAUUUAGUUGCA